UCACGCGCCGCUCCGCCGCCGCAGAAGUGCCUGCGCCUGGACCCGGACGCGCCCGUGUGGACCUCCAAACAGCGCGUGCUCUGCACCCUCAACCACAGCCUGCAGGACGCGCUCAACUACGGCCUCUUCCAGCCGCCCUCGCAGGGCCGCGCCGGCAAGUUCCUGGACGAGCAGCGGCUCCUGAGGGAGUACCCGCCCAACCCCGACACACCCCUGCCCUACCUGGAGUUCCGUUACAAGCGACGAGUUUAUGCCCAGAACCUCAUUGAUGACAAGCAGUUUGCAAAGCUUCACACAAAGGCAAACUUGAAGAAAUUCAUGGACUACGUCCAGCUCCACAGCACAGAGAAGGUGGCCCGUCUGCUGGACAAGGGACUGGACCCCAACUUCCAUGACCCUGAUUCAGGAGAGUGCCCUCUGAGCCUUGCUGCCCAGUUGGACAACGCCUCAGACCUGCUGAAGGUGCUGAGGAAUGGUGGGGCCCACCUGGACUUCCGCACACGUGAUGGGCUGACCGCUGUGCACUGUGCCGCCCGCCAGCGGAAUGCUGCCGCCCUGACGACCCUGCUGGACCUGGGGGCGUCUCCCGACUACAAGGACAGCCGUGGCCUAACACCCCUGUACCACAGCGCCCUGGGGGGCGGGGAUGCGCUCUGCUGUGAGCUUCUCCUCCAUGACCAUGCCCGGCUCGGGGCUACAGACGAGAAUGGCUGGCAGGAGAUCCAUCAGGCCUGCCGCUUUGGCCACGUUCAGCACCUGGAGCACUUGCUGUUCUAUGGCGCCGACAUGGGAGCUCAGAACGCCUCCGGGAACACUGCCCUGCACAUCUGUGCCCUCUACAACCAGGAGAGCUGUGCCCGCGUCCUCCUCUUCCGUGGUGCCAACAAGGAUGUUCGCAAUUACAACAGCCAGACAGCUUUCCAGGUCGCCAUCAUUGCUGGGAACUUUGAGCUUGCUGAGGUCAUCAAGACCCACAAAGACUCCGAUGUUGUACCAUUCAGGGAGACCCCCAGCUAUGCGAAGCGGCGCCGACUGGCUGACCCCAGUGCCUUGGCGUCCCCACGACCACUGCAGCGCUCGGCCAGUGACAUCCACCUGAAGGGAGAAGGACAGCCGGCCGCCUCGCCCGGCCCCUCACUGCGGAGCCUCCCCCACCAACUGCUGCUCCAGCGGCUACAGGAGGAGAGAGACCGGGACCGGGGCACCGACCACUCUGUGGCCAGGGGCAGCCAGAGCACCAUCAGCGGCCCUGGCCCCGCGCCCAGCCCUGGCCCGGCGUCCCCCGCGCCCCCCGCGCCGCCGCCCCGGGGCCCGAAGCGGAAACUUUACAGCGCCGUCCCCGGCCGCAAGUUCAUCGCGGUGAAGGCGCACACCCCGCAGGGCGAGGGCGAGAUCCCGCUGCACCGUGGCGAGGCCGUGAAGGUGCUCAGCAUUGGGGAGGGCGGAUUCUGGGAGGGGACCGUGAAGGGCCGCACGGGCUGGUUCCCGGCCGACUGCGUGGAAGAGGUGCAGAUGAGGCAGUAUGACACGCGCCACGAAACUCGAGAGGACCGGACCAAGCGGCUUUUCCGCCACUACACUGUGGGUUCCUACGACAGCCUCACCUCCCACAGUGAUUACGUCAUCGAGGACAAGGUGUCUGUGCUGCAGAAACGGGACCAUGAGGGCUUUGGCUUUGUGCUCCGUGGGGCUAAAGCCGAGACCCCCAUCGAGGAGUUCACGCCCACGCCUGCCUUCCCUGCGCUGCAGUACCUGGAGUCUGUGGACGUGGAGGGCGUGGCCUGGAGGGCUGGGCUGCGCACGGGGGACUUCCUCAUCGAGGUCAACGGAGUGAACGUGGUGAAGGUGGGCCACAAGCAGGUGGUGGCCCUGAUCCGCCAGGGAGGGAACCGCCUUGUCAUGAAGGUCGUGUCAGUCACCAGGAAGCCUGAGGAGGAUGGGGCUCGGCGCCGAGCCCCGCCUCCCCCCAAGAGGGCCCCCAGCACCACAUUGACCCUGCGCUCCAAGUCCAUGACGGCCGAGCUGGAGGAGCUCGCCUCAAUUCGGAGAAGGAAAGGGGAGAAGCUGGACGAGAUCCUGGCUGCGGCCACAGAACCGACCCUGAGGCCUGACAUCUCAGACGCCGACUCACGAGCAGCCACCGUCAAGCAACGGCCCACCAGCCGCAGGAUCACGCCGGCCGAGAUCAGCUCCUUGUUUGAGCGUCAGGGCCUUCCCGGCCCGGAGAAGCUGCCCGGCUCGCUGCGGAAGGGGCUGCCUCGAACCAAGUCUGUAGGGGAGGAUGAGAAGCUGGCAUCGCUGCUGGAGGGACGCUUCCCGCGCAGCACGUCCGUGCAGGACACUGCGCGGGAGGGCCCCUAUGCCAACCUGGGCGCCUUCAGCGCCAGCCUCUUCGCGCCUUCCAAACCACAGCGUCGCAAGAGCCCGCUGGUCAAGCAGCUGCAGGUGGAGGACGCGCAGGAGCGCGCAGCGCUGGCUCUCAGCGGCACCGGAGGCCCUGGCACGGGCAGCUUUGCGCGCGACCCGUCCCCGACGCACCGCGGGCCUCGGCCUGGUAUCCUGGACUAUGGCCCCAGCGAUGGCCCUGGCCUGCCGUUCGGUGGCCCGGGCCCAGCCAAGGACCGGAGGCUGGAGGAGCGGCGUCGCUCCACCGUCUUCCUAUCAGUGGGUGCCAUCGAGGGCAGCCCCCCCAGCGCUGACUUGCCCUCGCUGCAACCCUCCCGCUCCAUCGACGAGCGCCUCUUGGGUGCUGGCGCCGUCCCCGGCCGGGACCUGCUACUUCCCUCUCCUGUGUCUGCGCUGAAAUCGCUGGUCAGCAGCCCCAGCCUGGCGUCCACAGGCUCCACCUUCAUCCACCCGCUCACCGGCAAACCGCUGGACCCCAGCUCGCCCCUGGCGCUGGCGCUGGCCGCCCGCGAACGGGCACUGGCCUCCCAAGCCCCCUCCCGGUCCCCCACGCCUGUGCACAGCCCGGACGCCGACCGCCCGGGACCCCUGUUCGUGGAUGUCCAGUCCCGGGACUUGGAGCGAGGGGCCCUGGCCUCACCUGUCUUCUCACCAAGGAGUCCAGCCUGGGUCCCCGUGCCGGCCCGAAGGGAGUCAGAGAAGGCUCCCCGUGAGGAGCGCAAGUCGCCUGACGACAAGAAGUCCAUGAUUCUCAGUGUUCUGGACACAUCCCUCCAGCGGCCGGCAGGCCUCAUUGUAGUGCAUGCCACCAGCAACGGGCAGGAACCUGGCGAGUUGGGGGCCGCAGAGGAGCGCCCGGGCUCCCCGGAGCUGGCCCCGGCCCCCAUGCAGUCAGCAGCCACAGUAGCAGAGCCCUUGCCCAGCCCAAGGGCCCAGCCCCCCAGCACCACCCCGGGCGACCCUGGGCCAGGCCAGGGCAGCUCAGAGGAGGAGCCGGAGCUGGUGUUUGCCAUGAACCUGCCGCCAGCCCAGCUGUCUUCCAGCGAUGAGGAGACACGGGAGGAGCUAGCCCGCAUUGGGCUGGUGCCACCCCCUGAAGAGUUCGCCAACGGGGUCCUGCUGGCCACUCCACCCCCCGGCCCAGGCCCCUCGCCCACCACAGGGCCCGGCCCGGCCUCAGGGAAGCCUGGCAGUGAGCCACCACCCGCCCCCGAGUCCGCAGCCGACUCUGGCGUGGAGGAGGCAGACACACGUAGCUCCAGUGACCCCCACCUAGAGACCACGAGCACCAUCUCCACAGUGUCCAGUAUGUCCACCCUGAGCUCAGAGAGCGGGGAGCUCACUGACACCCACACCUCUUUCGCCGACGGACACACUUUUCUAAUCGAGAAGCCACCAGUGCCUCCCAAGCCCAAGCUCAAGUCCCCGCUGGGGAAGGGGCCGGUGAGCUUCAGGGACCCGCUGCUGAAGCAGUCCUCGGACAGUGAGCUCAUGGCCCAGCAGCAGCACACCGCCUCUGCUGCCGGGCCCGCCCGCCCUCGCUACCUCUUCCAGAGACGAUCCAAGCUGUGGGGGGACCCCGUGGAGAGCCGGGGGCUCCCUGGGCCUGAAGACGACAAGCCAACUGUGAUCAGCGGACUCAGCUCCCGUUUGCAGCAGCUGAACAAGGACACACGCUCCCUGGGCGAGGAACCAGUCGGCGGCCUGGGUGGCCUGCUGGACCCUGCCAAGAAGUCGCCCAUCGCGGCAGCUCGGCUCUUCAGCAGCCUCGGUGAGCUGAGCUCCAUUUCAGCGCAGCGUGGCCCAGGGGGCCCGGGCGGCGGGGCCUCCUACACUGUGCGGCCCGGCAGCCGCUACCCGGUGGCGCGGCGAAGCCCGAGCCCGGUGAAGCCCGCGUCUCUGGAGCGGGUGGAGGGGCUGGGGGCGGGCGCAGGGGGCGCUGGGCGGCCCUUCGGCCUCACGCCCCCCACCAUCCUCAAGUCGUCCAGCCUCUCCAUCCCCCACGAGCCAAAAGAGGUGCGCUUCGUGGUGCGCAGCGUGAGCGCGCGCAGCCGCUCGCCCUCACCCUCGCCGCUGCCCUCGCCUGCAGCAGGACCCAGCGCGCCCGGUCCGCGGCGGCCCUUCCAGCAGAAGCCGGUGCAGCUCUGGAGUAAGUUCGACGUCGGUGACUGGCUGGAGAGCAUCCACCUGGGGGAGCACCGCGACCGUUUCGAGGACCACGAGAUCGAGGGCGCGCACCUGCCGGCGCUGACCAAGGACGACUUCGUGGAACUGGGCGUCACGCGCGUGGGCCACCGCAUGAACAUAGAGCGCGCGCUCAAGCAGCUGGACGGCAGCUGACGCCCACACACUGCGCGCCCUGCCGGCAGGGCCCCCCAUCCCGGGCCGCGGGCUCGGCCCGCCCCCUGCGACGGCGCCGGGCCAGGAAUGCUGCAUGAAUUGUCCUGUUUGCCGAUGCUCAGACUUGUCCUGUACAUUGCUUAGUGCCGCCGAGCCCCACCCCGCACACGGCCAGGAAGGGGGGGGGGCUCCAGGGAGGCUGGUGGGCCGCGGAUGGACCCCUCCCGCGCAGUUCCUGGAGGCCACGCCCCCAGAGUGGGGAGCCUAGUCCAGCAUGUGAGGGCAGGACACGCCUUGGUGACUGGGGGGAGGGGGGGAGACCGGGAUUCUCGGUUGGGGGCCAAGGAGCCCCUGUCUUGCGUAUUUUAAUCCACUCUAUAUUUGGAACGAGAAAAGGAACAAAUAUCUCUGUCCGCGUCGCGCCCCCUCCCCGCCGCCCCUGCCCUCGCCUCUGCCUCUCUCCAGCCCCUCACCCCUUGCUGCGGCCAAGUCUUCCAUCUCUGGCUGGGUCCCGCCGCGGGCCGGGGCCCCUCACUGCCACUGCGACCCCACACGGGGGCGGGGGGCGCUCCAGCUGGUCUGGGGCUGGCCAGGGGCCUAGUGGCCCGACGUGGGGUCCAGACUCAGCCCUCUCUCCCCGCUGAGCUGUAGUGCCCCCCCCCUCAAGGUGCUGCGCGGGGGAGGGGUGGCAGGCAGCCGGGUCCUGCGGGGCAGGGGGUCGUAGGGCUGCUGCCAGACCAUAGCCCUGGGGGAGGGCCGCAGGGUCCUGCCCUCCGCCCCCAGCCAUCUUCCUCACAGGGUUUCUCCCUGCGCAGGGGUCCAACCUCGCCCCCAUGCUCUCGGGCAACUACAGCAGAGAAGCCAGUUUCCUGUCCCUGCCAUGCGCAUGUACCAGCCUGGGUGCGUCUGGGCGUGUGGGACUCUUGUGUGUGUCGGAUAAGGGAGUGGCACUGGGGGGUAGCCUGGGACAUGGCGUGGUGACUGUAGACACGUGCGGGGGUGCGUGCUUGGGUUCACAGGGGUGCGUGAGCUGAGAUGUGAGCAUGCAUUCGUGCGCGCACGCGCGCGCACACGCACCGGAGUGUAUACAUGAGUGCGUGCAGGAGUGGGUUCCGGCGCGGAGUACUUGUGUGGGAGUGGUGUGUGGGUGUUCGUGCGGGAGUGUGUGCAGGGGGGGCGAGCCUCUUCCAAAGAAAGUCGAGAGGCUGUCCAGAUCCUGCGAUCUGCGUUUGCCCGGCCUCUUCUCCAGGGACCUGCUCCAGUCUGAGCGGGCUCCUACUGAGCCCUGCUGCUUUGGGGUGGUCCCUGUGGGCCCCUUGGAGGCAGCCCCCCUCAGGCUUCUAGGGGACCACAGGGGGACCCCCGAGGGUGCCCAGCCCCCCGUACUGUGACUCCUCACAUUCAGCAGUGGCCUGUGGGGUGGGGGGCCCUGGGACGUUUUUAAACCUAGGGGUUGGAGUCUGGACUCAGCUCCAUCCACGUCACUCACAAGUUUCUGUUUGUAUUUCUAGCUUUUUUUAAUAAAAAAAAUUAAAAAAAAGAAAACACAAGUUUUCACAGCCCAGGGGCCCCGGCACGCCGGUCUGUGCUGGCCCCGGAGUGCGCCUCCCUCCGUCCCCAGCCCCACCCCCAGCACACAGCCACACCCAGUUAGCCAGUCGCCAACGGCCAGGUCACACACAGCAGCAGUCGCUGUAACAGACUGCCACGUACACACUCAGUCUCACUCACCUGUGGGUUUUCGGUUCCGUCCAUUUGGGUUUUUAACUUACAGGGUCAGGGGGCUUCUCCUUUUGUAUGGAGCUCCAUGGGGGUUUCACCCCUGCUCCAGCCCCAGGCCUUCCUGACCCUGCCGUUGUGAUACACCCCACAGAGAUCUAUGUUUCUUAUAUUAUUAUUAUUAUUGAUAAUAAUUAUUAUAAUAUUAUUAUGUAAUAAAUUUAUAAGAAAUGAA